CGUUUCUUAAAAAUGAUAGUUUGCUUGAAUACGGCCGCUCAGUUCCCAGUGGACAACUGAACCGAUAAGACGGACAACUCCGCUAGUCAGAAAGAAGCCGCCGCGUGAGAUUAUCGUCCUACAACAAUAACUAGUAUCGGCCUCAGCACCAUCGACCGUAUCGAGUUGGGACUCUCUUAUCAGUUCAAUUACGUUUAUCAAUUUAUUGGCGAAGCCUUCGUUGGGUGGUACGGUGCGAAAUCAAUCUUCGCACAUUAGUAUCGCAGCUACGUGAGAUGUUGUGGUAGAGAUUUUCGACAAUGUAAUAGCGGUAAUAAUAGCGCAACACGUCACCCAACCGGAGCCAAUUCAUUUGAGACCCGCUGUUCCGAAGAAGCAUCCAAUUUCGCAGAUCUAGAAACGGAUUCAGGUUUCGUCAGUUUGUCGCAGUAAAUUGGUGAUUAAUUGUGCGGCUUGGUUAUUCGAAAGGUUGGGCUAGCCGCGCGCGGUGGUGCACAUGUUCGUUUGGACGGUAUUUAUUGAUUGCCAGUGGAAGGAAUGUAGUUACGUUAUUCGAAGUAUUCCAAGGAAGCGGUCAAGUGUUCACACGCUAUCGAGUGCAGUGAGCCGUAUGAGUAAUACGUGCUAGCGAAUCGCCGAAAGAUCUCAACACGUUAAUUUCCAAAGAGAACCGGUAUUUUCCGUCGAUACCGCCUUCAACAUUUGAGUUGCGAAGAAUAUAGUGUGUGUUUGGGUGUCUCGGAGGAUUCGUCUUUGAUCGGAAGUGUGACCGCUGCAUAGCAUAUGAUAUGCUAAGUGUUUGAGUCAAUUUAUUGUUGGGUAUUGAUCGGUAACAGUGCGAGGGUGCAAAAUUUUGAAUCGCGUCAGAACCUCAUGUGCCCCGGUCGAUAAUAUUAUUCCGUAUCAGGAACUUGUGAACCUUGUAUUCGUCGUGCGUCGAAGCGGCCCUAUUUUACGGCAACGUUUUUUUUUAAACUGAUAGUUCUGUCUUCGAGACGUUUACCAGAGAACAACCAUGAAGGUCAACUUGCGAGUGGUGCUCUCAGUUCUAGUCUUUGUUGCUGCGAAAUCCGACUAUGCAGACAGCACUCCGGUAGACCUUACUGGCAAUGCCAACAAGGGAUCUUCCACUGAGUUGGUAAAAAGCGCUGAAUCAAAUCCAAACUCCAAAGAGCCACCACUGAUCUUCCCCAAAGAUGGUAACGUGUACAAAAUAGUGGAAAACGAUACUGCUCUGAAAAUUCUUCAGGCUCGUGCUGCCCUCGAACCGAGCAGUCCAUCGGAUGUGGAAAAUAGCACAAGUGAAAAGGGUCAAAACGUGCUGGCAAAGGUCGAAAGCAGUACAGUAAACACCGAUGACUCAAUUGUGUCGAAUGGCGGCAGCAGCAGCUCCAAACCGUCACCGAUCGACAACGGUAAGAGCGAUACGGUAGGCAACGACGGCGAUGAUGAUGAUGACGAUUACGACGCCGAAGAUGACGACGAUUCGGAUGAAGGGGAGAGUCAGGAGGACGAUUCCGACUACGCUGCCGAACAAGUUCAACCGGAAGCUACGAACAAGGAAGAUGGAUUGGAGGAACAGUUUGGAGACAAAAACGCACACUACCCACUGAUAUACGACAAUACGACUAUUGAGGUGUCGGCUAUGCGACAGGAACACAUAUGGAUCAUCAUGCUUGGGGCGGUGUUUAUACUGGCACUUGCUGCUUACAUUGCCAUGGUACUCUACCGGAACCGACUAGAGAACAGAUACGGAAUGCGACAGCGUUUGGUAACAGAGGACGAUUACUAUCUAAACAAUGAGAUUUGAAGCUCGCUGCAUUUUAUGCUUGGCAUCCGCACAGGACAUCCAAAUGUCUAUUGAAGAUAAAAACGAAAAAAAAACAAUCGUAGCUCAAUAGAUGAUAUCUCGCAUAAAUUUACAUGGAUAAGGACUCAAAGGACUCAAUUUUGAACAUAAAGCCUUCUCUUGCAGAUUUUAGACCUAUUUUAGUUCAUUAAAGUAAACUACUUAUAGGAAGAAUUUUUGCCAUUUAGUGGUCCUGUUUAGAUUAAUUUCAGUGCCAUUGAAUUCCGAUUUGACGUCAACCAGGUAUAUCGAUUUCAUAUUUGUCAUCAAAAACAUGAAAUAUUUGUUCAUUAUUGUUUAGUUGAUGUGGGAAGAAAACAUCGGCUAAAAUAAUUACUACAUGAAGGUUGUUUUAUUUAGUAGAAAAAUAAAAUGGAGAUAUUAUUUUAACUAGUAGAACGCAAACAAGCCAUCAAAAAAGAAAGCAGAAAUAAAACUGUUAGCAUAAAAGUUGUAAUAAUGACUGUGAUAUUAAGUGAUUGUCCAAUAA